CCCUCUUGGUCCCGCUGGUCCAAUUCGUACCUGGCCAUCGUCUAAUGGUCGAGGCAGAAUCGGUUUUCCCGCCAGGCGAAACUCGAACAACAAUAGAAGGAACAGGAUGUGUCGAAAUAUAAAGGGAUUGCCGACACCUGAGUCAGGGUGUUGUGGUGUGGAAGAGCCACGCUUCCCAGUUCAUCAACAGCAUCCAGGUUAUCCGAAUGGUCCAUUCUGGUCCGAAGCUUGGAACGAACGCCACCGUCGGUCAACUGAUAACGAUGAACCGCCUCACAAAAUGAUAAGAGGCGGCCGGGCGACGGACUUACACCAGCUGCCCUGGACGGUGAGGCUGGCCAUCAACCCGCGACUGAAGGGCCUGCACAGCCCGGAUUACUGCGGCGGAACCAUCCUCAGCUCCCGCUAUGUGCUCACUGCUGCCCACUGCCUGUAUAACACGUUCAAACACAUUUCGCAACUUGAAGUUUUCUUAGCUGAAUAUGAUACUGAUACCUACCCAGAGGAUUGUAUCAUGAGUAAUGGGCAAAAAGAAUGCAUUCAUAAUAUAGUAAGGAAAGUCGAGCACGUGAUAAUACACAAAGAUUACAACGAUACCUACUUGCAGAACGAUGUGGCACUCCUGAGACUGAGCUCCGAUAUACCCUAUACAGAUUUCAUCAGACCGAUAUGCUUGCCGACCGAAGACGUUGCCGAUCUAAAAGGUGAAACCAUUAUCAUCGCUGGAUGGGGUUUGAACGGCAAAAAAGAGACGAACGUGAAACAAGCAGCGAAUGUUAAUUUCGUGUCAAACGACAAAUGUAAAGAACAGUACUCGUACAAAGACGACAGCUUGUUUUGCAGUAUAGGAGACCAUGGGGAGGACAUUUGUCAUGGAGACUCCGGGGGCCCAUUAAUGGUAUUGUCAAAAAAUAUUUUUGUCCUGUCGGGCGUUGUGAGCGGGAAACGGGGCGAUCAUGAAUGCGGGUCUUCGGUGUCCUCGUUGUUCAAUAACGUUUUCUAUCACAAAGACUGGAUUAUUAAACAUGUUAAACAACCUCUGCAAGGAGAGGUCAAGAUACUGGUCUUGAUUGGUUUGGCGGUGAGAAGCUGUCCUUCCAUCAUGGCACAGUUUACCCCUUCCUUGGUAGUGGUUGUUCUUUCCGUGUUGGUUCCAGCUCUGGCUGGAUGGAACCAGCUGGGAGGUGGUAGGCCCGGUUUUGGACAAGUUGGUUUCGGCGAUGGGAAAUGCUCAGCUAUCCAGGGCAUUCUUCCGGAACCGACGUCUGACUGCUGCGGCAAACACGCUGAAGUUGGAGGGAGUCCAGCCGGUAAACCUGCAGGCUUAUCUCAGUACCCUUGGCUCGUCCAUCUUACUGUAAAGCUCCAGGAUAAAAUGAUUGGCUGUGGAGGUUCCCUCAUCAGCACCCGUCACGUAAUCACAGCUGCCCAUUGCGUGGAUUUCCAAAUCAGCAAUUACGAAGAUGUAAGCGUCUACUUGGCCGAGUACAACACAAGGACAUAUCCCAACGAUUGCGUAGGAAGACAAUGUGUAAAGAAUAUGGUCAUACAUCCGGACAAGAUAUUUAAGCACAACAGGUACAACCGUCACGCACUCCACAAUGAUAUAGCCUUGAUGAGGCUUAGUUCAGCAGCGCCUUAUACUGACUACAUUCGCCCUAUUUGCGUGCCUCGUUUCAACAUCAACUCCGCCAAGUACCAAGGCACACCGCUCGCCGUUGCCGGCUGGGGCCAGACGGAGUACGGCCAACCGUCUUCAAUAAAACUUCACACCCAGGUUGCCCAAGUGCCCCCAAACAAAUGCAGGCAGCACUACCCAGAUAUCACUGAAGGCCAGCUUUGCGCUGCGGGGAGGAGCGGCCAAGAUACCUGCAUGGGAGACUCUGGUGGUCCCAUCAUGAUGGAACGUGAUGGAACUUUCUAUCUCGUCGGGCUGGUAAGCGGCAAGCGCGCGGACGCUGGGUGCGGGUCGUCGGUGCCUACUAUGAGGAUCAUAUAG